AUGCGCGGCAACAACAACGUCGGGAAGGCCGCGAUGGCCGUGAUCUUUGGCCUCGGCGGCGCGUACACGGGCUUCCUCCUGCAAGAGCGGUUCCUUGAAGAGCGCCGCGUUGCCAAGCGCGUCGAAGACGAAGCCCAACGGCGCUUUCGCCUCGAAAUGCAAGCCACGAGCCAGCAACCACCGUACUUGUCAGUAGCCGGCCUCGCGACGUGCUCUGGAAACACUAUGUGUUACAUUCUGAGCUGCCUUGCGCAGGCGACGACGGUCCAGCGAGGCUUGUGUUUUCGCUGA